UCGAGAGGGAGGCGAGACCCAACUGGGCACUCUUUUUCGUGGCGGAGGCUGCAGCGACCGUGGACAUUUCACGACGGGGGGAGGUGCUGUACGUCCAAGAUGGCGGCGCCCUGUAGGCUGCAGGAACUGUGAGUGACCAUGAAAGACACCAGGUUGACAGCACUGGAAACCGAAGUACCCAUUGUCCCCAGAACAGUCUGGUAGUGGCACCAAUGAAGAGCCUGCAGACUCGCUAGUGCACGUCCCGGACCUGGCGCAGCACAGUCGUGUAAGAUAAUGGCCCAGCAAGCGAAUAUCGGGGAGCUCCUGUCCAUGCUGGACUCCCCCGUGCUGAGUGUGCGUGAUGACGUGACAGCUGUCUUUAAAGAGAACCUCAGCUCUGACCGUGGUCCGAUGCUCGUAAACACCUUGGUGGACUAUUACCUGGAAACCAAUUCUCAGCCGGUAUUGCACAUCCUGACUACCUUGCAAGAGCCGCACGACAAGCACCUCUUGGACAAAAUGAACGACUGUAUGGGCAGAGCCGCCUCUCGGCUGCCCGCGCUGUCGCUGCUGGGGCACGUCAUCAGACUGCAGCCGCCUUGGAAGCACAAACUCUCUCAAGCACCUCUUUUGCCUUCUUUACUCAAAUGUCUCAAGAUGGAUACGGAUGUUGUCGUCCUCACAACAGGUGUCUUAGUGUUGAUAACCAUGCUACCAAUGAUUCCACAGUCGGGGAAGCAGCACCUUCAUGAUUUCUUUGAUAUUUUUGGCCGUCUUUCGUCGUGGUGCCUGAAGAAGCCAGGCCACGUGACAGAAAUCUAUCUUGUCCAUCUCCAUGCCAGUGUUUAUGCUCUCUUUCAUCGCCUCUACGGAAUGUACCCUUGCAACUUUGUCUCCUUUCUACGCUCUCACUACAGUAUGAAGGAGAACUUGGACACUUUUGAAGAAGUGGUCAGGCCAAUGAUGGAGCACGUGCGAAUUCACCCGGAAUUAGUGACUGGAUCCAAGGACCACGAACUGGACCCUCGAAGGUAUAGAAAUGAAGCUAGCGACUCAGAAUUUUACAGCGUCACUUGA